AUGUUUUUGUUAACUGUUGUUACUUCGCCGUACGCGAUCCGAAAGGCUCACAACGUUGGCGAAGCUCGAAUUUUGUCCAUGCCUCGUCCACCAUAGAAUCGUUUGAUUGAAAAACGCCGUCGGCGAACCGGUAAAAGCGUGAAGGAUGAUGAAUUCGUUGGAGCUGUGCCGGAAAUCACUGAGAUGCGUAAACCGAGUGACUAUGCUCAUUUCAGAACAAGUAUGUGUGAUGAUGUACAAGAAUCAGAAACACUCAAACUAAGACCGUAUCAAGAAGAACUGGCCGAGGCAGCUCUCCGCGGCAAAAACACUAUAGCAUGUGCGCCAACGGGAUCCGGUAAGACCGAGGUAGCCAUCCAUGUCGCCACGUCUCAUUUGGAUGAGAGAGCUGAGAACCGCCAGCCAGCUAGGGUUGCUAUGUUGGUGCCAAGGACUCCUUUGGUGGAUCAGCAAAAACAUAGAUUUCACAAAUAUGUUCGUGGAAAGUAUUAUGUAGAAGGGUUUCAUGGCUCUGGGCUCAAGGGCGCAUCACGUCGAGAUAUCGUCCUCGCAUGCGAUAUCGUCGUUAUGACUCCACAAAUCUUACUGAAUAUGCUUAAGUCAAUUCGUCAAGAUGAACGAUUAUAUGUGUGUGAUUUCUCACUAUUGAUUUUUGACGAAGUUCACCACUGCACAAAGGAUCAUCCUUACAAUAUUCUUAUGCAAACGAUCCAUGAUUAUCAAGGACCGAAACCUCAGCAUACCUUGUUGUGUCGUGGUCUGCCUGCCCGUCCGCAAAACGUUAUUAUUAUGAUGAAGGUGGUGACUUGGGAAAUUCAGCUCUUUUCAGCUGUUCCUUCUUAUAAUCAGAUCAGUCACUCGAUGGGUCGAUUAAUUGAGUGGAGUGAGUACUGCGGAGUGGAAUGA